UGCAUAGCAACAUGUAUUGUUUUGCAGCUGGGGCAGAGAGUGCAGGAAGGAGCAUUGGAUUAUUCCACACUCCAAACACCACACACACACACACACACACACACACACACACUCUGACCAAACACACACACUUUCUGGGUCUCAUGAAAUACACACACAGAUGCUGGUACCUUGAACGAUUCAUACACACUCACACUCACAGUCGCCUGGCUGGAGAUGUGGACUGCACGGAAAGGGGCGAGGGAGGGACGUUUGGGUCAAGCAGCGAGUCCUUGGAGCCAACAGGACGUUUGAGGGUGUCGGGGAGUGUGUGACCGAUGGGCACUCUCGGCCCCUGCUCCACAUGUACUUGUCAGGGUACCGCUAUGGUCUUUACAUGUGGCAGGCUGUUUGUGCUCUUCAAACAUCUGAUUGAUGUUAGGAUGGAUUCCUGAGUGGCAGAGUCUCUUGAUAGAAUGGAGAGCAGUUGGGCCUUGGCUGAGUUUGAGUUGGCCCAGAUCAGACUAAUUGUAUACCAGGAUUGUGAACGACGUGGGCGACAAGUUCUGUUUGACUCCAAAGCUAUCAGAAAACUUGAUGCUGUCGGACCACACAACACAGAGGAGACCAGCAGAAAACAAAGUGCAACAUGUGACAUUGGUCACCAGUCUGGUCAGAAAGAUCCCCCCCCCUCCUACCAGUACACCAGGCCAGCGUCAGAUGUGAACAUGCUGGGUGAGAUGAUGUUUGGUUCUGUUGCCAUGAGUUAUAAAGGCUCCACUCUCAAGAUCCAUCACAUCAGGUCUCCUCCCCAGCUGAUGGUCAGUAAAGUUUUCUCUGCACGUGUGGGCAGCAGUAAUACAGGAAGCACAAGCACCUUGCAGGACAGUUUAGAUUCAAUCAGCCAGACGUGCCCAAGCUAUAACAGCAGCAUUGCUCAUAGCAUGCCAGUUGACAUGCCGGGUCGUGGUCGCAGUGAGGAUGGAGACAGUGGCAUUGCACACUCAGCUUCUCUGAGUAGUCUGCUGGCCACACCCCUUCCUUCACCUGGCUCCCCCACCAGCAGUGGCAGUAGUUACCAACGGCGAUGGCUUCGUAGCCAGGCAACCAGCCUUCAGCAUGGACCAGUUCCACGUUGGAGCACAGAUGAGAUGUUUAACCUGUCAGAUGACAGCUGUGGCUCCAACCCUGCGCUGGUUCGGAGGAAGAAGAUUGCUGUGAGCAUCAUCUUCAGCUUGCCAGAGAGAGAAGAGGAGAACAAGGCGCUCCAGGAGUUCCUCUUCUCACACUUCCCACUGCUGGAGUCCCACAUGAACAAGCUCAAGACCUCCAUAGAGAGGGCUAUGAUCCUUUGCAGGAGGAUUGCAGAGUCUUCUCAGCGGGUUCAAGUGUACUUGUGUCGUGUUAUGGAGGCUUUAGGAGACUUCAGGAUGACUAUCUGGAACCUCUACAUGGCCCCACGCAUCAGUGAGCCUGUAUGGCUGACCAUGGUAUCCCAGAGUGCCGAGCGAAAUGCACUGUGUCAACGUUUCCUCAAAGAGAUGAGUCUCCUGAUGGAUCACAGUGGCAAAACCCAGUUCCUCUCUGCUUUACUCACUGCUGUUCUCAUGUAUCACCUUGCUUGGGUCCCAACUGUAAUGCCCAGCCACCCGCCAAUCAAACCCAUCUGUGAAAAACGUUCCUCCCAUUCUCUUGAUCUGCUGGCCAAAUCCCAUCCCUACAAUCCACUAUGGGCACAACUAGGUGAUUUGUAUGGUGCGCUGGGCUGUCCUGUGCGCGUGUGUCGUACGGUGGUGGUGGGUCGGCGGAGGGAGUUGGUGCAGAGGGUGCUGUACGUUCUCUCCUACUUCAUCCGCUGCUCUGACCUCCAGGAGAGUGAUUCCAAAACGUUUGACGUGGUCAGCCCAAAUCCUCCCACACCCCAGGACCAAACAGACAAUCCUGUCAGACCAGCACCCCGGGAGGUGACUAAGGCCCCCCCCUGCCCAGACAACACCUGUGAUCCUACGCAACCCCUCUUUCAAGCUGUCCCUAAUCCAGAGCAGACGACCGAUCGAUCAUCUCCCCCCUCUGAAGCCGCCCUGGGCCCAGAGGAGACCCGGGGGACGCCUGUCUCUCUGCCUGAGAUCCCUGAUCCCAGCCUAUUCCCUGAAAAGACCAAUGACAGCCUCUUAUCACUGAGCACUCAGGACUCAGAAACUGCUCUUGAGUGUUUGAACGCAGGCUCAGACACUGUUGGCAUAGAGACAGAAUAUGAUGCGUCCAAUCGGAGCCCUUUGCUUCACAGGGCUCACUUCCUCAUUGGGGAGCAGGAGGAGGAUGUGCAGUUCAAAGAGCCCACUGUUGCCUCAGGUGAGCUUGGCCUGAAUAAAAAGUGGUCCCUCCGAGGUUUGAUGGACAUACGGCAGAAUGAGAGCUUGGACAGUGCCCUUGGAGACAGUGAUUCUGAAGAAACACCUACACGGCAGCCCUCUGAGACAACAGACAAAUGUCAUGAACUCCCCUUACCCAGCUGUGAGAUGAAUAGAAAGCCCAGUGUGAACCACUUUGGCCGUUCCCUGUUGGGAGGUUACUGCCCCCAGUACAUGCCGGACUUUGCCUUACAUGGAAUCUCUAGUGACCAGCGCCUCAAGCAGUGUCUAAUGGCCGACCUGGAGCACACGGUAUUGCAUCCAGCUUUGGAUGAGCCUGUGGCAGAGGCCGUGUGUAUCGUGGCAGACACAGACAGGCUAUGUGUCCAGGUGGCCACGAGCCAGCGGCGUGUGUGUGAGGCAGGGCGCCUGGGGAGAGACGUGCUCGUGUCUGGACUGGUCUGCAACAUCCUCACAUCAGUCUUACAGCUACAGAAACUCAACCUCAGUGCAGAGUUUUGUGUGAUGCACCUUGAAGAUCGCUUACAAGAAGUAUAUUUUAAAAGCUGUACUCUAGCAGAGUAUCUGAGAGGGCAGACCAGAGUGCACGUGAGGGAGUUGGGACUGGCCUUAGGGAUUGAGUCAAGUGAUCUGCCGUUGCUUGCAGCAGUGGCCAGCACACACUCCCCAUACGUGGCGCAGAUCCUGCUUUGAAUAUACCAACCAAUCAGGACCCAUUUAAAGGACUCCCUGUGUGUGUGUGUGUGUGUGUGUGUGUGUGUGUGUGUGUGUGUGUGUGUGUGUGUCUGUGUGGUCUCAGAAGACAGGAGAUGGGCUGGAUACAUGCAUUUCUGUGGCUGGAAUACACACACACACACACACACACAGACUUAUGGCCUCUUGUCUAUGCUCCUGAUUCCUUAUUGUGUAAAUAAUUGAUUUUCCUUUAUUUUCUUUAUUUUCCAUAUAUGGAAGGGAUGGGCAUGUUGUGUUAAAGGGAAACUGGAUUAGUACAUGUUUACAUGAUGAUGUAAUGUCAUUGAGAAGCUGUGUGGUAAUCAGUGUUCAGUGAGUCUGUACAGAAAUGAAGUGUGAAUGUGAAUACAUGUGUGUUGUCAUUGCUGAGUAGGUGUUGUCAGCUUAGUCUGUACUGAAGAGCUACUACUAAUGCACACAAUGCAUACAAAAUGUCUUUUUUAUGGACUUUUUUACUUGUAGAUCUCUAAGGAAACUAACUCUUGUCUUCAGGUUCACCACAGUAAUGGAAAUUGCAGCCUAUUAAAACAGUUACAGGUUUUCAUUCCAGUUUUUUUUUUUUUACUUUUUAGAAACUACCUCAGCUGAUAUGUGUAAAGUAUUUCAGUCUUACAUGACCAUUUCCUGUGUCUGACAAGACACUGUGUUUAAGACAGUGAUGAUCAUUUCCCUCAACAGUUUAGAUCCUCAAGUCUUACUGUUUUAGUGCCACAAGAUGUACCUGAACUGACCAUAUGAUUGGCUGUUUUUGAAAUGUUAUUCCUUAUUCCUUUCCAGGUCUUGGGGUAUGAGUAUUAUGGUUUUGAAUAAACCCCUCUGAUGCAUAUCAACAGCUCAGACAACAACAGGGGUAGAAAAAAAAACAGUUCUCAGUGAAUCAAUAUAUUUGUACUGGCAUGUGUUGUGUGUGAGAGUGUAAUGUGUUUGUUAUUGAUAAUGUGGGGGAUGAAUGUUCUUUCUAAGAUGUCUUAAAGACUGUUGAAUAAACUUCAUUCUAGUAACAAA